GCAGACUGAAUAAUAAAAGGGGAGCGGCGAAGAGGCAGGAAGACAGGACCAUGUCGAAGGGCCCCGGGCCCGGCGGCUCCGCAGCUUCCUCGGCGCCCCCGGCCGCUACCGCUCAGGUGCUGCAGGCACAGCCCGAGAAACCGCAGCACUACACGUACCUGAAGGAGUUCCGCACGGAGCAGUGCCCGCUCUUCGUGCAGCACAAAUGCACACAGCACCGGCCCUACACCUGCUUCCACUGGCACUUCGUCAACCAGCGCCGGCGCCGCUCCGUGCGCCGCCGGGACGGCACCUUCAACUACAGCCCCGACGUCUACUGCACCAAGUACGACGAGGCCGCGGGGCUCUGCCCGGAGGGCGACGAGUGCCCGUUCCUGCACAGGACCACGGGGGACACUGAGCGUCGCUAUCACCUGCGCUACUACAAGACGGGGAUCUGCAUCCACGAGACGGACUCCAAGGGCAACUGCACCAAGAACGGGCUGCACUGUGCCUUUGCGCACGGGCCCCAUGACCUGCGCUCCCCGGUCUACGACAUCAGGGAGCUGCAGGCCAUGGAGGCUUUGCAGAACGGCCAGAGCACGGUGGAGAGCAGCCUGGAGGGCCAGUCUGCCAGUGCCGCCAGCCACGCCAUGAUAGAGAAGAUCCUCAGUGAGGAGCCGCGGUGGCAAGAGACGGCGUACGUGCUGGGCAACUAUAAAACGGAGCCGUGCAGGAAGCCGCCGCGGCUGUGCCGCCAGGGCUACGCCUGCCCCUACUACCACAACAGCAAGGACCGGCGGCGCGGGCCCCGCAAGCACAAGUACAGGUCGUCUCCAUGCCCGAACGUGAAGCACGGGGACGAGUGGGGGGACCCCAGCAAGUGUGAGAACGGUGACGCCUGCCAGUCCUGUCACACGCGAACGGAGCAGCAGUUCCACCCCGAGAUCUACAAAUCCACCAAGUGCAACGACAUGCAGCAGUCAGGCAGCUGUCCCCGCGGGCCCUUCUGCGCCUUCGCCCACAUAGAACAGCCCCCCCUCAGUGAUGAGCUGCCGCCUUCCUCCGCCGUGUCCAGCCCCACCCAGCCUGGCCCUGUCCUCUACAUGCCCUCCGCCGCCGGUGACUCUGUGCCCGUGAGCCCCUCCAGCCCACACGCCCCUGACCUUAGUGCUCUCCUCUGUAGAAACAGCGGCCUGGGCAGCCCAUCCACGUUGUGUGGGUCCCCCCCGGGCUCCAUGAGGAAACCCCCCAACCUGGAAGGGAUUGUCUUCCCCGGGGAACCCGGCCUUGCCCCCGGCAGCUACAAGAAGGCGCCUGGCUUCGAGAGGGAGGACCAGGUGGGAGCCGAGUACCUGAAAAAUUUCAAAUGCCAGGCCAAAUUAAAACCCCACUCCUUAGAGGCCCGGAGCCAAGAGCAGCCUCUGCUCCAGCCCAAACAGGACGUGCUGGGCAUCCUCCCCGCGGGCAGCCCCCUGACCUCAAGCAUCUCUUCUAGCAUCACGUCCAGCCUGGCUGCCACGCCCCCCAGCCCCGCAGGCCCCAGCAGCGCCCCCGGCAUGAACGCCAACGCUUUGCCCUUCUACCCCACCAGUGACACGGUCGAGUCAGUCAUAGAGUCGGCCCUGGAUGACCUGGACCUGAACGAAUUUGGGGUGGCUGCCCUAGAGAAGACCUUCGACAGCAGCUCCGCACCCCACCCAGGCAGCGUCACGCUUGGAGGCAGCCUGCUGCAGAGCUCGGCGCCCGUCAACAUCCCCGGGUCCUUGGGCAGCUCCGCGUCCUUCCACUCAGCGUCCCCGUCCCCGCCCGUCAGCCUCCCUUCACACUUCCUGCAGCAGCCCCAGGGCCACCUGAGCCAGGCAGAGAACACCUUUCUGGGCACCUCUGCGUCCCGUGGCUCUCUGGGUCUGAAUGGCAUGAACAGCAGCAUCUGGGAGCACUUUGCCUCUGGAAGCUUCUCCCCGGGCACUUCCCCCGCCUUCCUGUCAGGGCCCGGGGCUGCCGAGCUGGCGCGUCUGAGGCAGGAGCUGGAGGACGCCAACGGCACCAUCAAGCAGUGGGAGGAGUCGUGGAAGCAGGCCAAGCAGGCGUGUGACGCGUGGAAGAAGGAGGCCGAGGAGGCGGGGGAGCGGGCCAGCGCAGCAGGCGCCGAGUGUGAGCUGGCCCGGGAGCAGCGGGACGCGCUGGAGGCGCAGGUGAAGCAGCUGCAGGAGGAGCUGGAGCGGUUGCAUGCGGCUGACCCGCACGCCCUGCCUGCCUUCUCCGACCUCGAGGCACUCUCGCUGUCCACCCUGUACUCCCUGCAGAAGCAGCUUCGCGCCCACCUGGAGCAGGUGGACAAGGCCGUGUUCCACAUGCAGUCGGUGAAAUGCCUCCAGUGCCAGGAGCAGAACCGGGCCGUGCUGCCGUGCCAACACGCUGUGCUGUGCGAGCUCUGUGCUGAGGGCAGCGAGUGCCCGGUCUGCCAGCCGGGCCGGGCCCACACCCUCCAGUCGUGACCCUGCAGCCCGGCGCCGGCCCAGCCCGGCCCCACUAGGACUUUUUAAAGUAUCUAUAUAUAUGUAUGUAUGUAUGUAUGUAUGUAUAUGUACAUGACUCUGUAUACAUCUGUGUGCGUGCAGCCGCGCGCGGCCAGUGUGGGAACAGUGUCUGUGUCUGUCUCUGCCGCGGUGC